AUGAGGCCGCGGCCCGACGGUCGGGGGCUCCGGGCGGGAGCCGCGCUGUCGCCCGCGCUGCUGCUGCUGCUGCUGCUGCCGCCGCCGCCGCCGCUGCCCGGACGUCUGUGGGCGGAGGGCAGCCCCGCGCCGGCGGCACCCGGGGCUCGGCAGGACGGCGCGCCGGGCGCGGGCCGCGUGAAGCGCGGCUGGGUGUGGAACCAGUUCUUCGUGGUGGAGGAGUACACGGGCACCGAGCCCCUGUACGUGGGCAAGAUCCACUCGGACUCCGACGAGGGUGACGGGGCCAUCAAGUACACCAUCUCAGGUGAGGGCGCUGGGACCAUCUUCCUGAUCGAUGAGCUGACGGGAGACAUCCAUGCCAUGGAGCGCCUGGACCGGGAGCAGAAAACUUUCUACACACUGCGGGCUCAGGCUCGGGAUCGUGCCACCAACCGCCUGCUAGAGCCCGAAUCGGAGUUCAUCAUCAAGGUGCAGGACAUCAACGACAGCGAGCCCCGCUUCCUGCACGGCCCCUACAUUGGAAGUGUGGCCGAACUCUCACCCACAGGCACGUCGGUGAUGCAGGUGAUGGCCUCAGAUGCGGAUGACCCCACGUACGGCAGCAGCGCUCGGCUGGUGUACAGCGUGCUGGAUGGCGAGCAUCACUUCACCGUGGACCCCAAGACCGGCGUGAUCCGGACGGCCGUGCCUGACCUUGACCGCGAAAGCCAGGAGCGCUACGAGGUGGUGAUCCAGGCCACAGACAUGGCGGGCCAGCUGGGUGGCCUCUCCGGCUCCACCACCGUCACCAUCGUGGUCACCGAUGUCAAUGACAACCCACCCCGUUUCCCGCAGAAAAUGUACCAGUUCAGCAUUCAGGAGUCGGCCCCCAUCGGCACGGCUGUGGGACGGGUGAAGGCUGAGGACUCAGACGUGGGCGAGAACACAGAUAUGACUUACCACCUCAAGGAGGAGAGCGGCAGCGGCGGCCAUGUGUUCAAGGUCACCACGGACAGCGACACUCAGGAGGCCAUCAUUGUAGUGCAGAAGCGCCUGGACUUCGAGUCCCAGCCCGUGCACACCGUGGUCCUGGAGGCCCUCAACAAGUUCGUGGACCCCCGCUUCGCUGACCUGGGCACGUUCCGCGACCAGGCGAUCGUGCGCGUGGCCGUGACCGACGUGGACGAGCCCCCCGAGUUCCGGCCGCCCUCCGGCCUCCUGGAGGUGCAGGAGGACGCGCAGGUGGGCUCCCUGGUCGGCGUGGUGACGGCGCGGGACCCCGACGCCGCCAACCGGCCCGUCCGGUAUGCCAUUGACCGCGACUCGGAUUUAGACCAGAUCUUUGAUAUCGAUGCGGACACGGGCGUCAUCGUGACGGGCAAGGGGCUGGACCGCGAGACGGCGGGCUGGCACAAUAUCACCGUGCUGGCCAUGGAGGCGGACAAUCAUGCCCAGCUCUCCCGGGCAUCCCUAAGAAUCCGAAUCCUGGAUGUGAACGACAAUCCCCCAGAGCUGGCCACUCCCUACGAGGCAGCCGUGUGUGAGGACGCAAAGCCAGGACAGCUGAUCCAGACCAUCAGCGUGGUGGACAGAGAUGAGCCUCAGGGUGGGCACCGCUUCUAUUUCCGCCUGGUGCCCGAAGCUCCCAGCAACCCUCACUUCUCCCUGCUUGACAUCCAAGACAAUACGGCCGCGGUGCACACACAGCACCUGGGCUUCAACCGGCAGGAGCAGGACGUGUUCUUCCUGCCCAUCCUGGUGGUGGACAGCGGGCCGCCCACGCUGAGCAGCACGGGCACGCUCACCAUCCGCAUUUGCGGCUGUGACAGCUCGGGGACCAUCCAGUCCUGCAACACCACAGCCUUCGUCAUGGCCACUUCCCUGAGCCCCGGCGCCCUCAUCGCGCUCCUGGUCUGCGUCCUCAUCCUGGUCGUGCUGGUGCUGCUGAUCCUCACCCUCAGGCGCCACCACAAGAGCCACCUGAGCUCCGACGAGGACGAGGACAUGCGGGACAACGUCAUCAAAUACAACGACGAGGGCGGCGGCGAGCAGGACACCGAGGCCUACGACAUGUCGGCGCUGCGGAGCCUUUACGACUUCGGCGGCGAGCUCAAGGGCGGCGACGGGGGCGGCGGCGGCGGCGGGGGCCCGAGCGGGAGCGGGGGCGCGGGCAGCCCCCCGCAGGCCCGCCUGCCCUCAGAGCGCCACUCGCUCCCGCAGGGGCCACCGAGCCCCGAGCCGGACUUCUCGGUGUUCAGGGACUUCAUCAGCCGCAAGGUGGCGCUGGCGGACGGGGACCUGUCAGUGCCGCCCUACGACGCCUUCCAGACCUACGCCUUCGAGGGCGCGGACUCGCCGGCCGCCUCGCUCAGCUCGCUGCACAGCGGUUCUUCGGGCUCCGAGCAGGACUUCGCCUAUCUCAGCGGCUGGGGCCCGCGCUUCCGGCCCCUGGCCGCGCUCUACGCGGGCCACCGCGCGGACGACGAGGCCCAGGCCUCCUAGCCUACCGCCCGCCCCGCCCCCCCCCCCCCGCCCUGCCGUCGGGGCGCGCCUCCCGGCCCACCCAGGGCCCGACGGGGCCCCAGGACGAAGCAUUUCCCCGGCUCAGCCCCUUCCCCAGCCCUCCCACCCUCCGAGGGCGGCCGGACAGGAGGGGGACUUGUAGGGGGAUGGACUCCCCGACGCACCUCCCCACGCCCCGCCCCGGGGUGGGGUGAUGCGUGGUGCAGCUUUCGCCCAGACGUGCCGGAAUUACCAGCAACGUCAUUAAAACUGCAAUGGGACCUGGCACUGCGUGGCUCUCGGGAUAGAGGGGGAGAUGGAGCGGCGUUGCUGUGUGAAGGGGCGGGUUACCCACUCCCAGCUGGGGGACGACCUCUGGAGGGAGGGUGCUGCUGAGGUGUCCCCCCUCCCAGGUCUCCCCCAUCGGAGUUAAGAGAGAAGGAAGGCUGUUCAUUUACUAAGCGCCUACUGUGUGCUGGGACACUAUACAGAGACCAUCUUAGUCGUCACGGAAACCAUGAGGUGGGGCCCUGCAGGCAGCAGAUGGAGAAGGCCACCCAGAGAAGUGGCUGUGGCCCGUCCAAGGACACCGAGCCAGAACGGUGGAGCCUCUGAUACUGACUUCCCAGCUGCCUGGCCUUGGGCAAGUUACCUCACUUCUCUGGGCCUCACUUCCCUCGUGUGUCACAUGAGGCUCAUAA